AUGGAAUUGUUACUUCUUCUGGUCUAUUUACAGGGCUCUAGUGUGACGCUGAUUGACCUCCCAGGCCAUGAGAGCUUGCGACUUCAGUUCUUGGAGAAGUUCAAAGCUACAGCUAGAGCGAUCGUGUUUGUCGUGGACAGCGUAGCGUUCCAGCGGGAGGUGAAGGAUGUGGCAGAGUUCCUGUACCAGGUCCUGACUGACUGCACUGUGCUGAAAAACGCUCUGCCACUGCUGAUAGCCUGCAACAAGCAAGAUAUCACGAUGGCAAAAUCGGCCAAGCUUAUUCAGCAGCAGCUGGAGAAAGAACUCAACACCUUACGAGUGACUCGCUCAGCUGCCCCCAGCACCUUGGACGGCUCAACCUCCAGUGGGACUGCUCAGCUGGGGAAGAAGGGCAAGGAGUUUGACUUCUCACAGCUGCCCAUGAAGGUGGAGCUGGUGGAGUGCAGCGCCAGAGGCAGCAAGGCAGAGGAAGGCAGUGCUGACAUCGAGGACUUGGAGAAAUGGCUGGCCAGGAUUGCCUGAAAGCAGGCGGGGAGGAGGGAGGCAGAAACUAGCAAAGGGGAAACUAAUGCUAAAGGCAUUUGGCAUCUGAUACGGAAGUACUGAUGGGAAGGGGUGGGGCCCAAAAUGUAAUCUUGCUAUGGAAAGAACUUCAGGCAUGCGCCGGCAGUAAAUGCACUGUUACUUGCACUGGGCUGGGUUUUAAUCAACCUAUGAACAUAUUUGCCACUGUGAUUUCCGCCAGCUGGAGCUCUUCCUGUUUCUAUCCCAUGCUCCCCUUCUGGGAGGCUGCCUCUAGUGCUUGAGCUGCAGAGGGUUUAGAGUGGGGUUUCAGUUGGUGUAAGGAGCCUCUGGUUGUCCCAGGCAGCCUCCAAAUGGAUGGGAGGGUUAUGUUUGGCUAGCAGAAAUUAUUUCAAGAUUGGACUGCUUUACCUUGGCAUCUCGGCCCUGGUGCCCAUGGUCGUUACUAACCUCCCCGCUCAUGGCGUCUGAUUUCUUCUCCCAUUCCUGUCCUCUGUGAAUCGGGCACAGUGAGUUUGAUCUUUGUGCUGCCACAGCUAAAAUGUCCAAUUGCGCAUGCUACCGGGAAAUCCCUGCCUGCUAUGGAAUGUACUAACGCUGCUUUCACAGGGGUUGGCCAGCCUCCCCCUACUCCCCUCUUCCCACCUCCCUUUCAAAAGGAACACACAGCCAGAUUGUCAGAUGUGCUCAGCACCCAUGUAAGCACCUAUAUGGAAGUGACCAGAUUGUCAGACAUGCAUAGUAGGGGCUGGAGAGUGCUGAGCACUUCUCAAGAUCUGGCCACUUCCGUGUGGGUGCCUAAGUUGGUGCUGAACUCUUGGAAAAUCUGACCCAGAUAGUAAAGGUGAUUGAUGAUCAUUGUGUAAAUGGGGGCUGCUGUUCUGUUUGGCUCCAGUCCAGUCUUUGGUGCUGAUUUGCUUCUGCAGAGCACACAGUGCUAAGGAAGCUUAUGCAUUCUUGUACAUGACUUCUCGGGAGUGGUGUACAGUUUUAUAAUGUGAUCUUCAUAAAUGCACAAAACAGUAUUUGUAACAAAAAUGGUUGGUCUAGGUUAAACUACUGGGAGACCUGUAUGCCUGGGUGUGAAUAUAACCCACUUCUCCUUCCCGGGGCUCCAGCCUGAGAGUUGGAUUCACCUCUCUCCACGCAGACAUGCCCCACUUUCGGCUCCGUUUUUUCUUGAGACAGGACAGCAGCUUGCUGGUGCUCAGGUUGUGCUCUGGAGCCACCUGUGCCUUUAGCAUCAGGAGUGCAGCACCCAUACGGAGGGAACGGAAACCAGAGCAGUCGGAAGUGAACCUGACUAGCUAGAUGGUGUCUCUCAUAUAGAGGCUUGGUUGCUUAUCUUAUGUGAUUGUGCCCCUAAUCUCCUGGUGAAAUUCUGGCUCCUUUGAAGUCAGUGGGAGCUUUGCCAUUGACUUCAUUGGCCAGGAGUUCACCCUUGAUCUUUAACUGGGGCGGGGUCUAGAGUUACAGCUGAAUUUAGCAGACUCGCAACGAAUAUGUAUUAAAACCCCAUUCAGGUGCGUGUUUCGCCUGUUUUUUGUCUCCCGGACUUUCAGUUAGGCCCUCCUCCUGCAAACGUGCACGUAUGGGCUCGCUCAGUUCAGCACAUUAGUAAGAGGUUUGAAGAACAGAACUGUCCCCAUGUGGGAUCUGCAUGCACCUCUGACUCAGUGAUGUCGUAAGCAGAGUUUGACAUCAGAAUUGUCCUAGAAUGAAUUGUGUUGUCACUUCAGUUGGACGAGGCUGUAAAAAGGAGGUAGAGGUUGACUUUUAAAGGCGUUUUUUCUUGUUUACAGAUGAAGUCAGUGAUUGUCAUAGGAGCCAGGAAUAGCUUCACAGAGGGCCUAAGAAGAUCAGUUUACUGACAUGAAUGGGAGCAGUUGUUGCAGUUUAGGUGUUUCUGAUGAAGGUUCUUGAUGACAAGAGAAAGCACUGGAAGUUUCCCAGUUCUUGUUACAUGUUUGUCUCGUGUAAUGUUUAAAGCCAAGAGAUCUGCUGUGGUUUCCAGAUGCGGUGCCCUGUUGUGUGUUACACGUAUUAUGCUUAAUUUUGCAAAGGAACAAUUCUGUAGCAGUCUACUUCUUCCUGCAGAUGUACUGAGCCCAUUGGGGUCUAGUCCAGGACCUGUCGGAGUCUGACUUUAGCACAUGUUGGAUCAGGUCUAAGAGCUCUUUCCAAAGGUGGAAAGAAUGAACUGACUGAUCUUGGGAGAGAUUCCACAAACAAGCCUGCAGGGUGUUAGCAGCAGAAGCUGGUGGGGGUGGAGGGUGGCAAACUGUUGUUGGUUGCAAUGCUGCUGUGUCUUAAUGGGCUGGCUGAGGAGAUAACACAUCCUCUUGGUAACCAUUGGAAAAGGUCACCAAGAGGAUUUCUUGACUCCCAAUGGGGGCUCUGGCAGUGAGCAUUGUCUGUGCCUCCAGCGGAGCUCACUGCAGGCUCAGCUGGGGGGAAUCCUUUGUGAUGCUGGAUUGUUCAUCUUGCCUCUGCUUCCUUAAUAGGAACCUUCUCUGCAAAGAGGUGCUCACUGACCAGAGGCCUCCUGCUGCUAAUAAGUUUGUGGUCUGCUGACAAUUGCCUCCGUACUGUAUCUGCUGAAGAAAGCAGCUGCUGGUACUCAGGAAAUGCCGUCCCUGGGUUUUUUGUGGCGGGAUUUGGCAUUAUCUCUGUGGCAGCCACUCUCCUGGUCUAGAGGGUGGGAGGGAGGUGGUGGCUGGUCCUCUGCUUGGCUAUGUUGGUAAGAAUUCAGUAUUUGAACUUUGCUCCUGGCAAAUCUUGUUCCCUCCCCUACUUUCAGCCUGAUGUUCUCUGUGGGCCCCUUCUUGCCAUGUCAAGCAAUACACCACAGCGUAUCUUCUGUCAAAGGUUACAUUCUGUAUCCACAUAUUCUUCUCUCUGACGUCGGUACGCUCUGCUCUCCUUAGCACUAACGGGUGUAUAAAGCUAUACAGCAAGAACAGAUUGACUUGUGCUACUCCCAUCAAUUGGAGAAAGGUGUUUUGUUUGCAAACAGCAUAUUUUCUUGAAGAGAAGUGAAUGUCUGAGCUGGGCUUUGCAUCCAAAACUGCCGAACCUUAAUGAGAUGAAUCCUCUCUUAAAACUGUGUGACCAGCCCUGUUCAUUGCAGCAGCAGUUGGGAGGAUUAAAUAUACUGCUAACACUUGGUGUCAGUGGAGGAGUGAGGGGGUGGCAUGCUGAACUGCCCCUCCUUUGCUUCCCCUCCCCACCCCCCCAGCCCAGACACCUCCUACCCCUUCCCACGGCUCCCUCUUUGAGUUGGGAAUGCUAAGACAGUACACUUUCCAAUGCCUCUUUGGGAGAUAGGUCCUUCCCAGGCUGCUCUGAUUUAAAAACCUAUCUUUCGGCUGAGAGAGAAGCCAACCUGGAUGCUCAGGUCGCAAGCCGAAGGGCUCACUAGCCAAAUGAUUUUUGCAUUAAGUAUGUUGUGCUCUUCAAUUUCAAAGCAUAAACUUUACAGCAACAGAAUGUUGCUGGAGCUAUUGGUCACCAGUCACAUUUUGAAUUCAGACAAUUGCCCUGGCUAACUGAUCUGGUCAGUCUGUACCCGCAAUCCUGAAGCAAGGAAUGAAGAACUUAUGCUUUUUUUCCCCUUUUGCUACCAGCAGCCUACUUCUUGAGAAGCCCCAGCCUACAGGGGAUGAGGACCUAAGAUCCUGUUUGCUUUUAAAUUAUUCUCGGUAAAUGUGGUUACUUAAAUAAAGAAGUUUGGCUA